AUGGCCACAAAUGUCACUCGUCACUCGAUGCGAGUGCUAUCGUCGCGAGCACGCUCUUCCCUCAGACCGUCUUCGAUUCCGUGCUCACAACGCAAGUUUUCGAGCUCGUCCUCUUGCGCCGAAGAUCAAGAACAGGUAGAAAAGCCACGAUGGUCGUACACUCCUCCUGGUGCAAAAUCUCCGUUCAGUCUGAAUGCAAUUGAGAGUAAACGCCCACAUUAUCCCGUCAACGAAGACAAGGCGGUUUUGGACAAGUUCUAUAUUUCACUGUUGGGAAAGGAUGGAGACAAAAUGUUAUCCGAGAAUAUCAAAUGGUUGGCGGUGACUCAUAAGAGUUUUGAUCAGGGUCGACGAGGUUUCAAUGACCGCCUAGCGCUACUCGGCAAGAGGAUAGUACAAUUGCAGGCAUCGUUGUGCCUAGUUCAGAAUCCAACCAAAUACAAACACCCAGUGCCUCCGCUAAGCCCGGCAGAACAGAAGAUAGCAUUCAAUCAUCCUGCUUUAGCGGGACUGGAGAAUCUUUCCCAUAACUCACGUGGAUGGGUUACGCAUAGGAACAAUAUGGCGAAGCUCGCGCAGAAAUACGACGUGGUAAGGGUUAUGAGAUGGGGACCCAGAAAUCUGACAUCUGGUGAACCGCAGCCCAAUGACUUAGUCCAGUCCGGCGUCGAUGUCGUUCUCGCACACACGUUGUAUGCCAUCGUUGGAGCCCUUGCACUUGAGAGGGGAGGAGUUGCAGCAAAUAAAUUCGCCCAAGAACGAAUAUUAGCUCCCCAAGGAUUGACAAGUGCAUGA